AUUAAUUAUUGAAAUAUCGUAAAAUACAAAUUUGUCGUAGUCGAGUUGCCGUGUUGUACGGUAACGACAUUCAAAAUGAUUGAUUUUAUUUAUUUGAUCGUGCUUAUUGCUUCUUCAUCCGCAGAUCCGGGACUUAAUUUGGACUUCGAUUUUCCAGGUCUCAGCGACGAUGCUUACGAUCAGCCAGUUAAUCUUUUGUCGGCAAAGAAGAUACCGCAUGAAAAGAUUUCUGAAGCCACCACUUCUGAGCCAGACCCUUGGGAGCCUUACGACUUCUCCAAGUUUGACGAGUACUUGACAAAAGCGAGGGAAGACUCAGACCAUAACAGAGUUAAAAGAAAGGCUAAGAAACGACGUCUCCGUAACAGGCGGAAGGGUAAACAGCGAACCACCACACCUGGCGAAGAUGACAGUUUAAAUAAUACAUCGACCACUGAAGUGCCAAUCGCUAGGAGGGCCGGAGAUGGGUGGGACUCGCAGCAGGUAAAGCAGAGAAGGAAGAAGAAGAAGAAGUCGGAGAGGAAGAACUCUGAUACGUAUGAGCCACCAGUAAAGGACUUCGAAUCAUCGUUUGUCGAGAUGCCAAAAGAUUUAUAUCAAGCUCACCUAAGACCUGGAGUCAUUUUCAGAAUUCACAUGUCUGAAGCCAUUUUGAAAAUGCAAUAUAGAAACUACGGAGAAGAUAAAGACGAAUCAGUGAUAGAAGCCGACGUCGAAUACCUUCGUCUGACCCGGAAGGUGAUCAAUGAUGAAAUCACCAAGUUCGAAGAUCUCAAGUGGCUGGUCGGAUGGUUCAGCAACAGGUCAGAACUGAUACAGGAACAUGUCUGCAACACCAGAUACUUUACUGUAGGCAUACCGCCGACACUGUUUACACAUUCGGAGGAGUACAUGAAACGGAUGUGUCUCUUCGACAAUGUGUACAUUGACCAUAUCCCCUACGUCAUCGGGGAGGAUGGAUCCCUGAUCGCUAGCGUGGCACCACCGGUGCUGCACUGUGACGCCGCUACUUGCACGUCUGUGCCCUUCAUUGACAGUAUUAUGUUCGACGAGCACUUCUCUCGCACUAAUGUUCGCACAGUCACUCGCUGUCAGGCCAGUUGUCGAGCUCAUUGCAAGAAUGACCCGGACUGCCUCAAGCGAUGCUCCGAUCGCUGUCUACGUGCUGAAUAAAAAACUUUAAUACAACGC